CGUUUUUCACUUCGAAGAGAGCGGACGUGCACGGACGCGUUUACGCUGGCGCAUCGCAUCGCUGGAUUCCGUUCGUUCGGUUACGUUCUGGCGUGUUUUUUUCUGUUUGUCGCGUUGUUAUUAACUUUUGUAUUUUACUACCACUACGGAACAUUGUAUAAUUUCUGUUUCUGUUCUCCGCCCGUUUACGCGCCGCUUUUUUGCCUUUUUGCCACCUGUGCAAGUGUGCGCUGGAAAAAGAUACGUAGUUCGGGAAAUAGAGCGUUUUCAAUGCCGGCUUUAACAUGUGUGUUUUGCUGACGUUCCGUUCCGUCCCCAACUGUCAUAUCUAAUUCGUGCUCACAGCCCGAGGAGAAGGUAAUACUAAAAGUGGGAAAAGCAGAGCCAGAGUGCAGGAGAAUAAACUUAUUUGGUUAUUAUCAGCGGAUAUCGCGUAUACGCCGCGUGUUGCCUUGAAGGUGAAAAGCCAAACUUGUGCCACUUGCUAUUUACCCCCCGCAUUUUCGCUCCGUGUAUGUUUGAGUGCGUAGCCGAAUACAGAAACAACAACGACGAGCCACAGCAGCAAGCACAUCAGUUACUAUUAAAUUAUAUUGCAAGUUACAAGCCGAGGGAGAAAAAAAAACAAAAUAAAAAGAAAAACACAAAAUAAUCAAGCGAAACAAGGCGAAAAAAUACACAACAAAAACAAACAACAACAGCGGCAGAGCAGCGGCAGCGAAAAGAACGUUUAAGUGAGCAGCGACUGCGCCGUCUACGCCGACUGCGACUGCGGCAGAGGGUGCAACAACAGCAGCGAAAAUAGCAACAAAAUGUCGAAAAACUGUUGAGCCAACAAGAUGCAAGCGGUCAUGGACUCGGCCGCCAUGGCCAUUGCCGUGGGCUCCUCCGGUUCCGGAUCCGUAUCCGGGCUGAGCUCCGGCUCGAGUUCCGGGCCAGGGAGCAGCAGCAGCGGAAGCAGCAGCGGCUACGGCAGCGCCACGACCACGCCCACCGGCGGCGGUCACUACGAGAAUUCGCCCACCUCGAUGCCCAUGGCCACCAUUGCCACGGUGGCUCCGUUUUACAGCGAGGCCCUCACCUCGUUGGAUGCCCAGCAGCGCCAGCAACAGCAGCAACAGCAGCAGAAUCCGGGUCACUACUAUCACCAGAACUACGCAUACGGAAAUUCCCUGCCCCUGGAUCCCGGCUUCAACUACAGUGGAGCUCCGUACAACACGUACAGUGCGCCCAGUGCGGUGGGUCAGCAACAUUCCGGCAAUAGUUAUCCCGUAAGUGGACCGCGCUACGAAAAGUUGGCGCCGAGUUCGGGGGUAAAGUAUGGAGGAAGUACCAUGGGAGGUACAAGUGCGGGUAUCAAACCGCAGGCCACGGCCACGCCCUUUUACGCCCAGCCGGCGGGUUCCGGCGGCUAUAUGACCCAGUCAAAUGCCAUGUACGAUCCCUACAAGUACAAGGUGCCCCCCAAUGGACAGGCCACGUCGCAACCUAUGAUGCCGAGCAAUAUGACGGGAGCUACGGUUCCGGGUCCCUCGUACAGCCAGGGCCUACCCCUGAAUCCCGCUGCGGUGGUCCAGAAACAGACGCACAUGCCACAGCAGACGCAGCUCACCCAACUGGAGCCCAACUAUGCGCCUAUCAAGCCCAGCAGAAGCUAUCAGGGAAUGCCCACGGGUGCGGUUUACGGAGGAAACUCUGGUGGAAGCUCCGGCGGAUUGGUCAGUAACCCCUCGUCGGCCCCAUAUUACGACAAGUAUGGGAUGGCCAUGUCCAUGUAUUCGCCGAACGGAGGUCUGCCCAUGUACAGCCAGCCGGAUUUGGGACCUGAAUCUUCGGGACUGCAGACCUACAGGAAGUCCACGAGUAACUGUCACUGGGGCGUAGACUACAAUUCGCCCAACUACAGAUCUCUGCCGCCGGCGACGGUGGCCAACAGCUCCUACCAUCACCCACAUCCGGGACCUGGACCUGGACCUGGACCCGUUCCUGGGCCUGGACCUGGACCCGGAUCCAUCAACAGUGAAUUGUAUUAUGGCUCAACGAAGUACGAUAAAUACGGAAGCACCGGUGUACCGCCCUAUGUCAAUAACCCCUACACAGGUCCAUCGAUCACGCAGUCCUAUGCGGGCCGGACUUUGUGGUCAGGAAAUGAGAGUGCUCCGGCCAGUUCCCGCCAGAAUUGCUGCUCCCAGGGAUACCCAUUGAACCAGCAGAGCUGCUACUACCCGAGGGGUAACGCUUAUGGAUCCAUGGUUUCCGCACCCUAUGGAUCAGCCGGAAGUGCACCGCAAUCGCAGCCCCAAUAUCCACCGGGCACGGGAUCCUCCGCUGCCGCCGCUAUGAAGCUCAAGCAUCCGACUGACAUGUACGUGGGCCAUGGACCCUACGAAACCACUCCCAAUCAACUGGGCUAUGGAUAUAAUCCAGGAUCAAGCACAUCGAGCAACAUGAACAGUCAAAGGUAUGCGGCACCUUUGGUUCCUGGCCUCGGAAUGGGUGGCAUGGGAAUGGGAAUGGGCAUCGGAAUGGGCAUGGGCAUGGAUCCCGGCAACGGGGGCUACUACAACGAUCUUAGUCUCAACAGCCUGGACAGCUACGGAUCUCCCUCGAUGCCCCAGCAAUCAUUGCGAUCCCAGCCCUAUCCGGAUUAUCGCAAGAGAUCUGGAAUGGUGGGGGCCUCCUCUUCGGGAAAUUGUUAUCUAACACAAACGAGCAGUGGAGGAGGCGGACCGCUGGCCAGUCUCGAUGCCCAAGUGGAGAACUUUGUGGGCUUCAAUCUCCAUGCCUCGGCGCCCUCCAACCUGAAUUACACUGUGGAGUCGGCGAAAUCUACGCAGACCAUUCGGGACUUUCUCUCCACCUGGAAGGUGGACGAUGAGGAUGAGGCGAGUGCUGUCCUCGAGUUGGAUCCCCCGAUUGUCGCCGUUGUGGCUCCUGUGCCCAGUACCCCCAACUAUAUGUACGAAUCUCUGCCACCGACUGGACCUCAAGCCACGGCUGUCGUGGAUCAUCAGGGUAUCAAUUUGCCAGACAUAAUCAUAGACAUUGAAAAGGCGAGUGGGAAUGGCGGUGCUCCUGUGGACGAUUCCUUUGGCAGUUUUGAUGUGGAGAAGGAGUUGGACGAACUGCGUCUGAAAACGAGUGCAAUAGAGCAACAACCUGUGAACGAAAGCGAAGCCUUGGCGGAGAUCCUUCGACAACCUGUGACUGCUCCUCUGAUGACGGAACAACCUUCGGCAAGCCUUCCCUUGCCAAGUCCCAUCCUGAACAGCAAUGAGGUGUUUGUAUCUAAGCCACCUGUGGCCAUGGACUUUGAUCAGAACAACAGCUCGAACUCCAAUGAAUCAACAUUUGCCAAGGAGUACGAGACCUUUAUACACAAGAUCGAGGGUUCCGAAAGUGAGAUGGAGGAGGCUGUCCAGGAUGAAGGCGAGUACAGGGAAAACCCAAAAAGAUUCAAGUUCUACAAGAGAAAGCGCAGGGUGACAGAGCCCCAGGAAAGCAUGGAUCAGAAGGACAUAGAACAGCAGGUGGUAAAUAUUAACCAAGGUACCAAUGUAAUCUCCCUUUCUCCUAAAGCCUCGGCCAGAGCUAGUAAAAAGCUCCUGGCCAAGAAGCGCAGAAAUCGCAUUAAGAUGCUUAAGAUCCUGAUAUUCGAGAGUCCCAAAAUUAAGUAUCGGCAUUACUUCAGGGUGCUCAAAGUGUUGCGGAAGAGAAGCGCCUACAGUAGAACUAGACAACUCCGAGCCAUCCUAAUGAAGAAGCAGAUGACCAGGUUGAAGGAGAAUCAACUGCCCUUGAUCAAGAGGCUGGUGAAAAAAUUCGUGGCCCCACCAAAACUUCGCAAUCCUCCCAGUCUCAAGGGCUUGAGUGUCUCGGCCUUGAAUUCCUCCGAAUUCAGAAGUAGUCUACUGAGUGGAACAGAUCGAGAAACGGUCAUCAAGAGUGGCUACAGCUACAAAGAUAAGACUGAAGAAGUUCUGGAUGAACAGGGCUUGGACACCAAAUCCCUGGAGCUACAAUCGAACUUCAAGGGAUUCGAUGACAUUGAAAACACCAAUAUGUCGCCAAAAAUAGAACUUAGAGUGGAGCCCGAAGGCGAGGAGGAUGUGAAGGACUCUAUACCAAAGCCGGAGGAGGACGUUGUCCCAAAUAAGGAGGAGCAAAUACAAGCCUGGCUGAAAAAUAGUGUGGUACCUACCCCAGAAGCAGCAACGGAACCAUCUGAACCAUCGAAACAAAUGGCUAGCCUAGCCGUGUCUUCACCCUCAUCAUCCUCUUCGAGCUCGAGUUCCAGUAGUUCCAGUUCGGACGAUGACGCCAGCAGUACCAGCAGCCAAGAGGAGGAGGAUGCUUCAUCCAGUAGCACCAGUUCCAGCAGCACCAGUUCGCAAAGCUCCACGGCUGGAGAAGAAAGCGACUUUAACGAGCUGGCCGCCCUGGAAAAAGAACUGUCCCAAUCACAAACCGAAGAGCCCAAGGGAGAUCUCUCCAUCCUGGAUAUGAUUGUCAAAAGGGAGACCAUCGAGGAGACAAACCAAGAGGUGGAGGUCUCCAACCACGAUAUUGCCAAACUGAAGGAGAUCCUCGAGAGCGAUGGCGAAGCGCAGCCAAGUGACCUUAGUAAGAUUGCCUUAAAUAGUUCCUUAAAAACAAAAGAGUUAGUCGUAAGCGAGGAAUCGGAAUCUCCGGAUGAAGGGGUCGCUGCUCCUCCCCGGGAAUUGAGCGUCGAGGAGGCGCUGGCGGAGAUGUAUCAACUCUCGGAUUUAGAGGGCAAAGAAGACGAGGAGGAACCGAUCGCGAAUGGUCAGGAUGUCCUGCUCAUCAAUCUGGCCGAGAUCUUUGAUUCCAGCAGUGAUCUCUAUGUGGUGCAGUGCGAUAUGAACGAGAACAUCCUGGGAGUGGUGGCCAACGAGGAGCCGGAGAUCGAGGGAGAGCCCAAUCUCGUUCAGGUGAGUCCCGAGGAGGAGGAACAGGUGGACACCCUGCAGCUCAUCCAGCUUCUGGCCGAACCCCAGCCGGAAUUCGAUGCCACCCCAUUGAUACACCACGAGGAGAUCAUUCACGGCGAGACCCCCGAUCCCCACAAGGAUCGGCGAAAGUUGCUCAAGUAUCUGCAUGGGAAAUAUGUCCAAAGUCGAAUCAGUCGCUUUUACCACGCCCAUCAAAUCCUGCGGAAGUACAAGCGCCAGAGGGCGGGCAGGAAGCGCCCCUGGCGGGUCAAAUAGGAUUCCAGCUUCUACCAAAGAUAUUUCUGGUCCCUAGAUAGGAUCAGAUGUGUUCGGCUUGUCAAAGCAGACGACCCGGAAAGGCGUGCCUAAUCGGAAACCAAACGAAAGAUACACCACACACUUAGAUACACCACAAAAAAUAUGAAGAGUAAAGAUACAGCUACACUUUACCAGAAUCUCAAGACUUUUUUAAUAUUUGGAUUUAUUUUAGGAAACGGAAUAUAGCUUAAUAACAACUAUGUAUAGUCGUUGUUUUAGGGAAAUCAUAAUUUUUAAACUUUUACGAUACUUAUUUUACACCUAAUUAUAUAGAGUAUCAUAUACCAUAUAUAUAUUUUAGAUAUCUGUGCAAUAUUUACAUGAAAAAUGUCGUGUUUAUCUGGAAUGCGCGAAUUCGAAUCUCGAUGGGUUAAGCAUGAGUAAGCAGCGUUAGACGAAGGGUUAAUCGGGGGUCAGUCGGGGAGUUUUGGGGUUUCGGUCCGAGUCGCGUGCAAUUAACCAGAUAUACAUAUAUACAUAUUUUAUCGCCUAAUGUAUCAGCGUUUUAGUCGCUCAGCGAGUCGGGCCAAUUUAAAAUGCUUUUCGCCAAAGGUCAGGCCCAGAUUUUUAGAUACAUUCGCAAUAUAACACAUAUGAUAUAUCGGGGGCCCCGCCAUUCCCUUGUAGUUUAAAUUUUUUAUUGCCACCAAAUGCAGCAUAGACCAAAAAGUAAAAAGAAUCUAAAUAUAUCUGUUGGAAUUGUUUGAUCUGUUAGUAGCCGAAGAC